AUGAUGCCGGAGAAGGAGGAAAAGACGAAGGAAGAGAAGAAGGACUACAAGAAGGACGACAAGAAGGACGAGAAGAAGGACGACAAGGACGACAAGACGGACGACAAGAAGGGAGAGACGAAGGAAGAGAAGAAGAAGGAUAAACAGACAGAGGAGCUGGACCUGAAGGCCCCACCCGCGCUGAGCUUCACCUUGGAGCCCCGCAGCCUGAACUUUUGGCCUCCGGUCAGUGAAGCGAGGCUGCAGCUUAAGAACACGUCGGACAAGAAGAUGGCCGUCAAGGUGAAGGUGUCGAAUACAAAGAUAUUCAAAGUCUACCCCGAGCAGCAGGACGAGAAGGACGAAGACGAGAAGAAGCAUCAGGACAAGCGGGACGACAAGCCCUUCGCCCGGCCCGCGGAGCUGAACUGGAGCGAGCUGGGCGGCGCGCGCCACUUCGACAUCACGAACCCGGGGCCGCGCCGAGCCUUCAAGAUAAAGUGCUCGAACAACAAUAUCUAUAGGUUCCCGGUUGUGUUUUGGAUCGCCGAAAGUGGACAGGUGAAGCGCCUCGAUGUGGCCAGGAUUCCCGCCCCUAAUAAAGGAGACUGGAUCGAGGUGGUCUACUGCGACGUGCCCGACCGCAGCAUCCACGACGCCCAGGCGGCUUUCAAGGACAAGACGCUGAAGACCGAGUCGAUCAUCAUCCGCACCGGCUUCAUC